CUGCAUAUAGUUUUCCUUCUGUUUCACGCUUGGAUGUAUGCUGGGCUAAAUCUAUCAAAGUUUCUUGUGUCAGUGAAGUCUUUGAGCUGAUAGUGAGCAAGAGUAGGACAGGUUCGAAACUAGAUUUUUAUUAGGUGUGAAAUCUGGUGUGAGGAGUCGUGGUCAGUCACACAGCUGCAUUGCUGUAGGAGUGACUCUCCAAGCUUGCAUCAUCAUUCUUUUCAUUUAUCUCUAAUUUCUUUCCUUAAAUUAUGAACUCUGUGUGUGUCUGCUUUGGUGGAAAAAGAUGAGAACUCACAGACUGAUUUCAGGGUUUUGUAUCACUCUUUUUGGAAUAACUAUAAAGGUCCUGAGCCUAUAUUUUUUUUUUUUUUAAUGCAGGGUAGGUGUAGAUAGUGAAUGGCUCUUAGAUUGUUUCUUACUGAAGGAGUUCCUGUUCAAAAUUAUACCAAAAGCUGCCCUGACAACAUAACAAAAUUAAGAGAAGGCAGUAGUUCUUUUCCUAAACCACAGUACUAGCCCGACCAAUCCAUUAGCCAUUUUUUAUGACUUCAGUCAUAUUGCCUUUUUUUCUAUCAGUUGCCCAUUUGUUUUUAAAAUGGCAUUGGUAAAGAUAACUCUGUGCUUGUCUGCCACUAGAAGGUGUUUCAAAAAUGCAAGAAAAAGCCCUUAAUCAGAAGGACAUUAAGAAAACUUUAAGAAACAAGUGUAAACACGUGCUACAUAUAUGAAAUGGUUCUUGUUUCAUUGGCUUGUGUUUCCUAUAGCUAUUCAAAGAUAGAUGUGUUAUUUUGAAUAGCUGCAGUAUUAAAGCUUGGCUGUCUGACAGAUUUGUAGGAAUAUUUCAGUUGACUUUCAGUGUACAUGGCUAUUUUAUUUUUUUUUCUUUUUUUCCACCUGGAUAUUUUAGUUAUUCUGGAUUUUGAAUAGGUACAUAAGAUAUUUAUCUAGGUUGUUUCUGCAUAUCUUUGUUUUAUCUCUAAUUUUUUUCUAGUGCUCUUAGUUCAUAAGGCCAGACCCUUGUCAAAGAGGUGCUGAUGGCCGAAAGAUUUGUGGCUGGGAUGAUCACAGUACAAGGCUCUGUGUAUCUUGUGCAUUGAGUGUUCUGUGACCUCUGUAUAGUAGCAGAAUGAUGGGAUUUUAUGGCUUCAUUGCAGAGCAGGUAUUAAUGGGAUAGGGAGUUGUAGAAAGUGAAUUAGCCGAACUAUUCAUAGAUGUGUGUAUAAUUCAUGGCUCUGAAAAUUGGAGUUGGCUGGUAUUGGGUAUUUUGAAAAACAGUUGAAUUUUAGUUUUAGCCAUUAUGGUAAAAUGUUUAGAAAACAACAUUUAUGUAAGUUUGCUAAUCCUUUUAACUUAACCCAGCCUGGGAGAGUAGUGGGGGAUAUCAUGCAUGAAAGAUGUGAUUAUUUGGUCUUUCUGGUUUUUUUUCCACAGCUGAGGAAAAAUUUAGGGUUUUUUUGGGACAACAAAAAUUUUAUUUGGUCCCCAAAUAUAAUACACCUGCUGUUAAUAUAUCUGGAACAUGGUGGUAUAUGAUAAAAUUUAUUCAGUUUUUGUAAAUAUGCAUUAGUUUUAUAGCUCAGUUUACUAGAAAGGAAAUCCUAGAGUGGAACAUAUUUUUUUCUAUGUGUUUUGAUCAGCCCUUUGCAGGUAUGGCAUCAGCAGAAGACCGUUGCCUAUUUUGUGAACUGUGUUUGGAGCACAGAUGAAGAUUAUUCUGGUUCUAUCAAAGAUUCAAGUUUCCUUGCCCUCCCUUCAGAUCUGAAGUUAGAUAGGCAGAAAUGCCUGCCAUGUCCCAAAAGGAGAAAAAUCUGUAUUCAAGACUACAGGCUCAUUAGAAACAAGGAAUGUUCAAAUCUGUGAAGAGAGCUGUUAGUCUUUGUCUUCACCAUUUCAGUGUUCUCAUUUCUUCUGCCUCUUACCCCUGAUUGUUGUGCAUCAGAACCUGUGGUUGAAAUACCUGAUGUGCAGGCAACCUUUCUGUCCUUCUUUGUGGCAGUAGGAUCAAGCAUUGCAAUGUUAAAACAUUUCAGUCAGACAUAUUUGUGUUAAUACUUGGAAUGCUUACAUAGCUAGUUGCAGGAAAAUUACAUUGCUGUUGGAUUGUUUGUAUUUAUCUCAGAAAGCAUGCUGUUGUGUUCUGCAGCAUAUCGUCAUGAUCCAGAGAAACUUUAAUUGUGGAACAUUCCUUUUGAGGGGAAAAACCAAACAGAAGACAAACAAAACCCCAAAACUUGAUUUGCGUAUUAUGAGCUUGAAGAAUUAAAAUAAGUAGAAUUUCCAUGCAUAUCCUUUUAUAUCUAACUGAUAUAUUUCAAGAUUGCAUAUGUUUAAGGAAAAGCUGAAUUAUGUUCAUGUAAUACUUAACUAUGCACUUGAAACUGUUCUGUUAGAUAACCUGUGAACUUGAAUUGUGUGGACAGCUACUUUAUGCAGUAGCUCAUACAGAUGCACAAAAGGUUUGAUCCCUUAAAACCAGUAGUUUUUGAGUUUUGGCUUCUCAAAGUUAGAAACUUUGCCAAAAGUUACUCUAACUUUUCAUAGUCUUAGCUCAAAAACAGCUGGAAUCCCUGAACCAGAACAGAGAAUAAGUUUCUUACCAAAUGUGUGAGAAUCUUAAUUCCUGAUCUAGUAGCAGGGAUCACAAGUAAAAUGGACCCUUUAGCUUCAGUUGUGAAACUGCAUUUCUAAUAUUAACAAGCAGUAACCCAGGUGCAGUCAAAGUUAAUGGUCUGAAAAUAGUCAGGAGGAAAUUCUCUUUGAGGAGCAGCUCACAGCUGCUAAUGUUUUCUGCUUGUCUGAAAAACUUGGUAUUAGCAGCUGUUUGUUGUAAAACUGGAGAAUGAGUAACAAAAGCACUUGGAACAACAUAACUGCGAGGAACAGUGUCUGUAUUUCUAAGCUUAUGAAAUCCUGCUGAGUUUAUACAAAACCAUCCACUGCCUGUGGCAAUACCGGGACUUAGGUAACCUCCUUAUCUUAUAACUGCCAUGAAAGUACAGCUACUUGGCUUUGCAGACAAUUAAAUGUUGUAUCAGUCUUGCUUUCCUAUUGCAUUGACACAUCCAUGUCCAGCAUCUCUUCCAUGCCACUGAAUAUUGAAAAUACAGCACUUAACUCCAUGGACUACUCUAGACAGACAGCUGCUGUAGUGGUAGAAUGAUCACCCUUAUUGUUCCGUUCUUGUAAAUGACGAGUUUGUGUUUACUUGCCAGAAAACUCUCAAAAUGAGUCAGGAUUGCGUUAGCUAUUAAAUGGAAAUUUUAAGUUCCCCUUUUCUUUAGGUUCUGCCAAAAAGUAAUCAUCUGUUCUAGAUUCAACCAGUGAAAGACACUUUUCCUGUUCUUCAUGAUAUGAAUGAUCUUUCCUGAGAUUUGGCUAGCCUUGAAGUUUAACCAAAUCCACUCAAAAUGGUGGGGGAGCUGCUUCUAGUUAGUUUUUCUUUCUGGGAUGAGUUUUUUUUUUAAUUUUCUUUUUUUAUUUUUUGGAACUACACCUUCUGAAAACUUAGCCAUAAUCAUACUUUAGGUUUUCCUGGCAUCCUUCAGAUGUUGUGUUUCAAGCCAUAAUCAUCUCUUAAAACUUCAUUAAAUAACAGGGCUUUCUUGAAAGUAACCAUGUGUUAACUGUAAGUACAGCUUUGUCAGUACUUCCAGCUUUUGCAGAAAAUCGUGCAGGCUCUAAUUUUUCCUAUUUGACGGUGGAAAAUUAGGUCUGUAAUGCAAUUCAUCUGCAAAGGCUUUUCCGGAAGUGCUGGGUUUUUCCUUCGAAUGAUGCAGCACAUUAAUUUCUUUUUCUUAUUUUAUUUUGGGAUGACUUGCAUCUUCAUAAUUAAAGCAAGAGAAAGCCCUGAGACGCAGGAAUUUCUAUAUGUCCUUUGAACCUCUCAGCCUUUUUGAGCCAAGUUGAUCAAAGGUGCCUGCAAAUACACAUCUGCACAGGGAAGAGUGACUGUGUACUGAGAGAAGCGCUGCCGGCUGAGCUCACUGCUUACUGGACCCUGAAGAAUCAACACACAGGAAAGAUCUGGGGAAACAUUGGUCAGAGGUCCUUUUCUAAGAGACUGGGCUUCAUUAGCUGCUCUCAGGAUUUUGUGCUGAUAAGGGAAUUGGUGCAAGUCGUGUCAUUCAAGUGUGAGAUUUUGCCUCAGUAGCCAUGACCACUACAUGGUAAUGAAGUUCUCGACAGAAUUUGAAGAGUUGUGAGAACUUUCAAGUCUUCUUAAAGUCCAAUGGAUGCAAGCGCUACAAAACUGUAUUUACACCUCAGCAACGAGAACAGAUUUGUGUGGCUCUGGUCAAGGGGUUUUAGUGGAGGAUGCUUUUUAUGGCUUUCUUUAAACUUCUUCUCAGAAAUAAUCAUUAAAAGUAACACUGAUUAAAUGAAAGAGGUUCUUUCUUCAAGAUCAUAAAAUCUGGUUUUGGAGGAAUAAUGUAUGGGAUGCAUGUGGCAGAAAGUGUGACUUGAAUAAGAGGACAGAAGUGGUGGCAGCAAGACUACGAAAAGAGUGGUGCAGUGCAGGAGCCUGUUGCAAAGACCUAUGGCUUUAGAAAACAGUACUGUAUGUACUACAGUCUGUGCUCCAUGGAGAAUUAAGAGUUAUUCCAUGGGUUAAGAAUGUGUACAUGCUACAAAUAUUGUAUCUUUGGAAAUGUCAUGACUUGAAAGCUUUCAACUGAGACGUAUCCUGCAGAGCAAGUCAAAAUAUCUGAUUAUUAAAGUGAAGAAUCUGGAAGCUUCGGUAAGCAAGUUAGCUGUAACUUCUGGAGGAGUCCCAACAUCACAGGGUCCCACGUGUUGGAAGCAUUGUGAGAUGUGCUUUUAUCCAGAAAGUUCUCUGCCUCAGCUGUCAUUCUGAAGUGAUCAAAAACUUACUUCUAAUAAAAAAUUAUUACUAAUGCUAUUGAUGUCUCUUUUAUUAUUCUCUAUUGCAUUCUGCUUCACUGAAGGUCAAUUUGCAAGCCACUAGUAGGGUUUAUUUGUCCAAAGAUGCUGAAAUUUGGCCUGAUGAAAUGUAAAGAAACCCAAAGCAGUACAAACAAAGCAGUACAACUGAAAUAUACAAAUACAAGAAAGCUUUUUUCUUGAGUAACUUUUCAGAGAUGUUGAGUACUGCAUUGCAUAAUUAUAUAGUCAAUAUGUGUGUAGAACUUCUUGAACUCUUCCAUGGACAUAUUACCAGUUAUAUAAAAAGUUGUCCUUCAAGGUCCAGCUGAUCCAGUAAAUUCAUUGUGCUCAAUCACUGAUACAAAAGACUAAUUUAUGAAUUUGUCUAACCUUUAUUUUUUCAUUUUAAAUAGCUGAUUUUUUUUUUUACUGUUUGUAGACCUAUGAACUAAGCAUGAACAAAAAUUAUUAAAUUCAGUAGUAAAGUUUUGUGAAUGAACAUGGAAAGUAUGGAGAGUCUUAAAUUAGGUGCACUAUGUAAAGUAUGAAUCUUAAUUUUUUUUCAGUAUAUAAAUUAAUGAGAUACUUUUUUUAGUGUUGCUGGGUUUGCAAUCUUGUUCUAAUGUUCAUGCUAUCAAAUGUUCCAGUGAGGUUGAAAUGUGACAGCAUGUUCACAGAACUGGAGUUCAAAGAACCAGGAAAAAAUGUUGUGAAAGUGAAGAAUGAAGUUUCUUGGAAAUCAUUGGGGAUGAUACCUGACAAGUAGCUGAAAUGUGCACUGUCUAAAAAGGAACAGGUUCUUCAGCUCUAAUCCAAGUUCCGAUGAAGUUUCGAGUUCUCAGACCAGUGAAGAGAGCAUUCACAGGGUAUAUAACCUGUCUGAAGGAUUUUAUGAAUGAUCCCAGAAGAGAAGAACCUCUAAUCGGUUUAGAACAUGUGGUUGAAAUCAGAUUUGAAGGAAGGAAAGAGCCACGUUACGAGUGCAGGCUGUGUGGGUGUAAUGCAGAGCUGGCACCUAUGAUAGAACAUCUCAGUGGACAUAAACACAGAAGAGAAUACAUUUCUAAAGAAUUUCCAGAUAAAAUGAGAAGAAAACCAACAAGUGGAAAAGAAUGCAAAGUCUUGUUUUUCAAACGGAUAGCAGGAGAGCUAGAGAAGAGUGAAGGAUUAAAAAUGUAUAAGACUGAAGGUUACGUGAGGCCAAGUCCCUCAUCCCCAUUGAAGAAGAAAGCAAGGUGGGAAGAUGAUUAUAAGCAUGAGAACGAUCCUGUUCGGAAACAGAAAGCUCUGGAGUUCUUGGAGACUUUUCACAUCACCUCAGAUUCAGAAGCAACGCUUGUUGUUCACAUUACACAGGGACUCAUGGAGGCUUUGAAGGCCUUUUGUGAAAAGAAAGCAGCAGAUAAUGGCACCAACAGUUCAGGCCCACUGAUGUCAGUACCUCAAGAUGAAUUUCCAGAAAGGAAAAGUGAUCCAGAACACUAUGGGCCAGAUGUAGAAUACAGAGAAAGUUCUGACUGGAAUCAAGGUUUUUUGUCUCAGUAUGAAGAGUGUUCUGAAGAUGCUUCUUGUGCUCCUGCUCACCCAAACAGUUACCAAGCAGAUGAUGGAACAUCCUACUGUCAUCUGAAAUCAGACAACUUUGCAAUGAUGUCUCCACUCACGGACUCUCCUGCUGUUGAGCCUGAUAGUGCUACCAGUGGUGUCAGCAAAUGGCUGAGACAGCUCAGAAACUCUGUGUCCUGCAGGAAUUUGGCUGUUGGGACUUCUUCAUAUGAGACCAACCCAGUGAAGGAGUACUCAGCAGAAUACAUAUCCAGUGAUGUGCAAGGAAGUGAGCUUUGUGAUAACAGACUGUCAUUUGGCAGGGAAAAUACAAAAUGGAGGAAUCAACAAGUAUGUAAAAAAGCAAGGCAUAUAAGUGACCAAGAAUUACCCUAUCCCAAUUCUUCUGCCUCAUAUCCUUCAUCUGGAAGAUACUCUACAAACUAUCCUUCACAAAGCUAUUCCUCUUACAAGAACAAUGAGUCUGUGAAUACUUACACAUCUUCUGCAAAUUCUGCUGUUUCAGGAAGAGGUGGCUCCAGGUGGCACCAGGACACUAGGUGGAAUGAGUGGAACGAGGACUGUAGCUGGAACGAGGACUAUAGGUGGAACAAGGACUGUAGCUGGAAGCAGGACUACAGCUGGAAGCAGGAAUCUAGGUGUCAAGGAUUCAGGUAUCAGAAAUCAGGCUACCAAAGAGACUGGAGUUCGCAUCAGGACGCAUUUUCUGGCAAUGGUUCAUACCGAGAUCACCAGCAGUUCAGAAGCUCAGAUGGACUUGAUGUUGGUCUUGCUCCCAACACUGUGAACAGACUACUAGGAAAGGGUGUACCUACAAUGACCAGGAUUCUCAAACAGCUGGCUCCAUAAUAUCCAGCACUUCAAA